AUGAUUGUGGAAAUAUUAAGGAGAAGCACCCUGCCAGUAUUAGAAAAUAUUCGACAGCAAAAUAAUAUUGAAGUUUCUCGGGAGUGUUUUCAAAAAAUUAUUGCAGUCGAUGUGAAUACCUUUGACUUGGAAAAUCACUAUGCCGAAAUCAGUUUGCGAACUUUGAGGUUGUCAUUUUUCUCCGACAAUCUACAGGAUCAAUUUGUUAUCAAUAAAAUCAAAAAACUUUUUUCUCCUCGCUCUCUCCCCGAUCAAGAGGAUGAUUAUACGCAAUUAAACUAUGUUGAUUUUGCCAAAAAGAUUCUAGAUCACCGCGAUCUUCUACGAACCAUACCUAAAUAUUAUGAAAUUGCUAUUACCAAUCGAGUGGAACAAGAUUAUCAAUUUUCUCCAAAGCUGGAAGAGGAAAAAGCCGAUAUGUCGAUAGAGGAUUUUAAAAAAAUACUAGAUAAGGUAGAGGAGUUCUCCCAUCAGCCGAUCAUUGCUAUUGAAGGUUUUGGAGAAAUGACUGCACAUCCUCAAUGGAAAGAUUUCGUUAAUGAAGUCAUCAAUCGAGAUCUUUCUUGUUUCUUGGAGACUGCAGGUAUUUUUUGGGAUGAGGAAGUGAGUAACUAUUGGUUGCAACAUCCAAAAAAAGAUUUUUUGACGAUCAUAUUCAAGGUAGAAGCCAUUGACAACAAUCUAUACAAAGAUAUCCGUGGAGACCGAUUCCCCUUAGAUGAAAUUCUCAAUCAAAUAGAAUACUACCUCCUCCGUCGUCCUGAGGGGGCUUACUUGCAAACCAUUAAAACAACAGAGACUUUUAAACACCUUCCUAAGUAUCAUGAAUACUUUUCCAAAUACACUAAGAACAUCAUCAUUGGUAAAUACAAUCAUUACAGAGGGCACUUGCCAGAAAAACGUAUUUCACCAAUGGAACCAUUUGAACAAAUCGACUGUUGGCAUCUGAAAAGGGACUUUAAAAUCGACUGCUGGGGAGAUGUCUGGAUGUGCAAACAGGAUUUUCAAAAAGAAUUCCCUUUGGGUAAUCUUUUUGAAAAACCCAUCAAAGAAAUUUAUCAAAAAGGUCAAGAUUAUUUUGAAAAACACUUACAGAAAUGGUCUUUCUGUAAGAAAUGCGAUGAAUACUACACUUACAAUUUUUAA